GCUAGACUCUUCACUAUGUCGACUGCGCAUGUCCGUGAUGUCACAGUUACAAUAUCAUUAGAGAGGCGAACACACGAAAGUCACCAUGAUAAUAUGAGCGUAGCUCACUAUUUUGCUUUCUCUCUUGCUAUUAUAAUUUUAGGAGGAUGGUGUUUCGUUUGGUUUAUGCAUAUUUUGGCCAUAAUCUAUGGAAAAUAUCGUCUUCACCAUCCUAUUCCGCCUCCCUCCCCGGAAGACCUCCAGGGCGUGUCCAUCAUUAAGCCUCUGGUCGGGGUGGAUCCAAACCUUUAUUUCAAUUUAGAGUCUUUCUUUACAACUGUCUAUCCCUCUUUUGAACUUCUUUUCUGCUUACAAGAUGAAAGUGAUCCUGCUCUUAUGGUUGUUAAAGCCUUAAUGGAAAAAUACCCAAAAGUAGAUGCUAAAAUUUUCAUAGGUGUUAAAUAUGUUGGCCCCAACGGGAAAGUCAACAACAUGUGCAAAGCAUACGAGGCAGCCAAAUAUGAUUUAAUAGUUAUAUCUGAUAGUAGUAUUUUAAUGAAUCCUGAUACAUUAAUGGACAUGAUGUCUUUUAUGAAACCUGAUGUAGGGUUGGUUUUACAGAUGCCAUAUUCAUGUAAUCGCAAAGGUUUUGCCGCUGUGUAUGAAAAAGUUUACUUUGGAACAUUUCAGUCCAGAAACUGCCUUAGUGCUAAUUCUGUAGGAAUUAAUUGUUCAACUGGCAUGUCAUGCCUUUUCCGAAAAGACGUUUUAGAAAAAUCUGGAGGACUUGCUCCUCUGGGCAAAUAUUUAGCUGAGGAUUAUUUUAUCUCUGAAAAUAUUAGAAAAGAAGGAUAUAAAACAGUAUUAUGCAGUCAACCCGCACAGCAGAAUUCUGGACACUACAGCAUGAGUCAUUUUCAUCAAAGACUCAUCAGGUGGUCUCAGCUGCGCAUCUCUUUGUUACCUCAUCUCAUCCUAUUUGAACCGCUGUCCGAGUGUAUGUUGAUGGGCGUGGUGGCCUCUUGGGCGGCUGAAUACAUCUUUGGCAUCAGUUCUAUGGGUUUCUUCCUCAUGCAUGUUCUAGUCUGGUUCCUAUUUGACUACACCCUUAUCACAUGUGUCGAGAAUGGACCACUUCCUUUUUCCAAAUUUGAAUUCUUGGUUGCCUGGAUGCUUCGUGAAGUGUUGUCUAUCUGGUUGACCAUUCAGAGCCAUAAGACUUCAAUAGUGCAGUGGCGACACAAGAAAUAUAAAGUUCUGUGGGGUGGGACUAUUGAGGAAAUUGUGUGAUUAUGGAUUUAUCAUGUAGAAAGGAAGGAUAGAAACAAGUUCCACAGUGUGCAGUCUCUUCCGUUCCAAACUCUUACACACUUGGCUGGAUUUGUCAUCGUGUACAGGGAUGUUACAGGAAGUAGAAGACCCUCUAAGAAAUCUCAGAGCAUAUUUAAGUGUACAUCUGUCAACCAUUCAUCCAAUUCCAAAAUAAAUUAAUAAUUUUGGAUAUUUUCCGUAUUUGUGAACUUUGCACAGAUAAUUUUAUCUUUGAUCAUUUAUUGAUUUUUAUGAUAAUUUAUAAACAGAAUUUUUUGAGUGAAUUGUUCCAUAAUAUGAGUACAAAAUUCUGUGGGUGGAACGGGGGUGGUUUAAAAGCAAAAAAAAAAAGCAAAUUAUUUUAAAUUAAUCCCAUAUUCCUGUCUGACGGGGGCUUUUUCAGGGGACAAAGUCCUAAAUGACGACAGUAUUGUUACAUCUUUUGUGAGAUCUGAAUACUCAUUUUUAAAGCACUCAAGUUGUUGCACUGAUAACUACAUGCAUUGAGGCCUCUAGCAAUGGAGAGACUCUGCAGGUAGAAUGUUUUGCCAUGCAUUUGAUGAUAUUCAGUUCACAUUUGCCAAAAAUAUUAAUUAUUUACAAGAAUUAUGUUAAUUAAGUGUUCAGUCCACUGUACCCAGGGUACUGAUUUUUUUUAUUAACACAAAUGAAUUGUCAAAUGAGAAGAAGCUAUGGCAGAUUCAGUGCCUGCUGUUUAGUGCUUGUCCUCUGGAAUUUUUACUACAUAUGUCAUCAUUAGGAAAAGUUGUUUCCAUUUUGUUUGUUUGUUUGUUUUAAUAUGCAUUUCAUAUGUGUUCUUCCUGUGUUACAGGAGUUUAGUGAAGUGAUGCCAUUGAAAUUGAAAGUGAUCAAAUAUUUGUGAAUUGCUCACAUGCAAAAAAAAAUGAAUAAAUAAAUAAAUAGAUAAAUAAAUAAAUAAAAAUACAUUCAGAAAUAAACACUUCCUAGAUAAAAUGUAUUUAUUUUUUAAGACAAAAACAUAAAUGUGUUUUUCAAAUUAUGCAUUUACUCUUAACAUGCCCCUACUGCUUUUUUAUCUUGUGAGAUGCAAAAAAUUAAUAAUAAUUCAUGUACAAAUUUAUAAAUCUAAUAAUACAUUUUAACCUUUGAUUUAUGUCUGGUCAAGCAUGUGUGUUUAACACAGUUACCUGAUUUGAAUUGAUUGACAUGGCAGGAGGAGUUAUAGGUGUAUGAUUAAGAGAUAGGAGUUCACCUUUGUCAUCCUAUUGCACAGGGCAGUUAUAAUACAGAAUAGUUUUAUAUUGUAUUUAAUAUUAUCAAUAAAUCAAUAAGACUAGGCCUUACAAACUCUUAUCUCAGAUCUAUGAUUUAGUACACACAAACUUUACAAUGCUUUAAUUAAUACAAACUCUACAAUGCUUUAAUUAAUGCUUAAAAAUGUGUGAUUUGGUAAUAUAAAUGAAAAAAUGUUAACCAUUAAGAAAUUGUAUUCAUGUAUGUUUUUGUUCUUGUUUCUUGGUUUCGAAUCAAAAUUAAGAUACAUAAUUGUUCUUUGUGAAUUAGAUAUGUGUUGAUCAAUUAGUAUCCACAGAAAAUAAUUCCUAGAGGUUUGAUUCUACUAUUAAGUUUAUUCGUUGUCAUGUAAUACCCCCAUGCUUUGAUGACUUUGUGUGAUGAAUUACCCUGGUCCACCAAUAAACCGUGGGUAAAAUGAUCAUCUCUUUGGUAUGUGUUAUUGCAGUUCAAUUUUGUUAUUCAUGUCAUUUUUUAUACAAAAAAGAAAUAAAAAAGAAUUUUUAUACUGAACAAA